GUUAGGUCCAGGGGCAGGGACUGAGCACACAGCGCCAUGGCUGCUCGCGCUCCUGGGCCCGCGCGCUCCGUGGUCGUCGCCCUGCUAGCGCCAGUGCUGGUGGCACUACUGGUGUCGCCGGCCUGGGGUCGCGGAGGCCGGGGCCACGGGGACUGGGACGCGGACGGGCGACUGCCCCCGCUGCCACCCCGGGAAGACGCGCCGCGCGUGGCCCGCUUCGUGACGCACGUCUCGGACUGGGGCGCGCUGGCCACCAUCUCCACGCUGGAGGCGGUGCGCGGCAGGCCGUUCGCGGACGUCAUCUCCUUCAGUGACGGUCCCCCGGGCGCAGGUAGCGGCGUGCCUUACAUGUACCUGAGUCCCAUGCAGCAGCUAGUGAGCGACCUGAAGGAAACCCCACAGGCCACGCUGACUUUGUCUUUAGCACAGACUGUCUUCUGUAGGAACCAUGGCUUCGAUCCUCAGAGUCCCCUGUGUGUUCACAUAAUGCUGUCGGGAGCUGUGACCAAGGUGAACGAGACAGAAGUGGACUACGCAAAGAAUUCAUUAUUCCUUCGACAUCCUGAGAUGAAAACUUGGCCUUCCAGCCAUAAUUGGUUCUUUGCUAAGUUAAAUAUAACCAGAAUCUGGGUCUUGGACUACUUUGGUGGACCAAAAGUAGUGACACCUGAAGAAUAUUUUAAUGUCACGUUGCAGUGAAGCAGCCUACGGGGAACCAGACCUCCAAGUGUCCUAGAUGGCUGAUGCACACUUAAAGGGCUUGACCUCGGCUGGAAUUUCCCGGGGCUGUCAGCUGAUUCUGCCACCUGUUGGUUGAUUAUGUUUGCUUGUGUUCACAGCCUGUUGUCAGGUCUAGACUGGCUCGCUUAAAAGAUGUGGUUGCUGGAUUUUAAGAAAUGUAUUUUGAAGCCAUUUUCAUAGAAAAAUGCCGUUCAUUAUAAUCAAGGAAGUUUCCUUUCCCCCGUUCCCAGUGGUCUUUCCUCAGUGGUGCCCACACAUGAGCAACGUAUGCCCGGUGUAGAUUUCCACUGUGGAGGUACAGAAGUACAGGUGCUUCUCCUGAGGGCCACCACGCCUGGAGGGGGCCCUCCUCACCCAGCUGCCUCUGGAGCAUGUAUGAAUCCUUCAGACGUCGGCAAUGAUGACCACAGACGGAGCUUCCUGACCCCGCACAGGGCAAAACUGUGCCUUCUUGAAAACUCUCUAAGUGUCAUACAUUCUCAAGUCAUAGUUAGAGGACAGAAGCCAAGAGUUUCCUGCAUUCAUUUUCCGCCCAAUACUGUUGAUCCAUUCUUCAUCAUCCCAAACAUACACACAAGGGCUGAGGGGGUGGCUUGCUUGAUAGAGGGUUUGCCUAGCAUGCACGAGGCUCUGGGUCCCCAGCAUUGAAACAAACAAUGUUUUUUUAUUUGCAUGAAAAGAGGAUUGCAGAAGAAAAAAUAAUUUUGAAUAUUCUGGAUUCUUUUUUUAUAAAAAGACUUAACCCAGGCACCCACCCUAACCCCAGCCAUCCUCAGAUGUUCUAUAUCUUGGAAGCAGGUGCUGCCUGAGUCAUCUGUGAGAAAUAACACGCUAACCCCCCCCCCCAAAAAAAAAAAACCCUCCAUGUUUCUGGGCUAGCGAGAUGGCUCAGCAUUUAAGAAUGUAGAUUGCUCUAGCAGAGAACCUGAGUUCAGUUCUCAGUGAUCGAGUCAUAACUGCAUAACUCCAGCUCCAGGAAAUCAAACACCUGUAGCCUCUGAGGUCACCUGCCCUCCAGUGCAUGUACCCACAGAUAGACACACAGGCACAUAAUUAAAAAUACUACCUCUUUUUAAAAUAACACAUUUCUUUAGAAGAGGUACUAUUUAGUUUUAUUACCUGUGUCCAUGAUCUUGGAUGACAUAAAAUUCCUUUUAAUAAGGUGUUGGGGAUCAAGCCACUGACUCCUUAAGCAGAAAAAGAAAAGUUACAUAUGAGCCAUUGUGUUGGAAAGAUAGAUGAUAAACUUAACAGACAUCCAGCAAAUGACUUAAUUUUCUCAAGGAGAAAAUUAUUGAACAGUAAAAAUCAUGUUACUCAAAUCAAUAAAAAAAAGCAUUAUUCUAAUAA